GAAGGGUCGGCAUCGUAGAGGGCAUCCACAGCAGGGGCUGGUUUAUUGAAGCGUCAUUUUCACUUUGUUCGACUGUACAUUGGAUUAUUUUACGUUGGACACUUUUACUUUGGAUUAUUUUACUUUGGACAAUUUUGUAUGCGUCCAAUUCACAGUGGCCACUUCCUGGUGUAAUUUUUUUGGGGUCCAACUAAACCAAAACUGUUUUUUUGGUGGGUCAUUUGGCCCCAACUUUGGAAUAGGGUGUAUGCAACUGUCAAAAACAUAACCCAACUUUUUUCGAAAUACCAAUUGAUUUAGUUUUGAUUUUGUGGCAAUUAUGAUUUUGAGUGGGUUAUUCCGCCCGGCAUGGCUCCUAUCCCGUAGCCUCUCGCAGGCAACUGUGCCCCAAAACGUUUUAGUCAAAAUUCCGGAUUACAUCGAACUAAACGAAGCUCUGACUAGUGAGCCCCACUUGGGGCAAGCCCUAGUUUCGUCCAUGACCGUUCAUAACGAUUUCCUGUCGCAAAGUGAGGAAAAAAGUCUAAUUGAAGAAAUUGAGCCCUACAUGAGCGAAUUGAAAUACGAGUUUGACCAUUGGGACGAUGCCAUUCACGGGUAUCGUGAAACGGAACGCUUGAAUUGGAAUGAAUCAAAUACGAAGAUUUUGAGCAGAGUUCGAGAGAUUGCGUUUCCCCCAAGCGUUGCUCAGUUGAGACAUGUGCACAUUUUGGACUUGGAUAAGGAGGGGUACAUCAAGCCGCACAUAGAUGCCAUCAGGUUUUGUGGGGAUACAAUCGCUGGUUUGAGUUUGUUAAGUGAUAGUGUUAUGAGACUAGUGCUCGAUAAAAACAAGACUAUUUACGCAAAUAUUAUGUUAAAAAAACGGUCUCUUUAUGUUAUGAGGGGCACAGCUAGAUUCGAUUACACCCACGAGAUUUUGUCCAACAAUUGUAGCGUUUUCAAGGGGGAUAAAGUGGUUAAAGACAGGCGAAUUUCGGUGAUUUGUAGAAACGAACCGUCCGGGGAGCACACUAAACUAUAAUUGUGUUAUUUUAAUUAAAUAAAAGAAUGCAAAGUUGACAAUUUUUAAUUAAGUGAGGCUUUGAUCCAGUCUAAAUACUUGGCAACGUCUGUGAAAACAACAUAAUGAGAGGCAUCACACUUGAGUUGGUUUUGCAAGGCCACGCUGAUCGAGACGAGGCCCCUCAGCUGCCACACGGGGUUGUUUGUGUUCGAGUUCGAUUUGGGGAAGACCAUGCCGCCCCCCGAGUCCCCAUUGCACACUGAAGUACCUUCAAAACCAACUUUUUAAAUGAUCGCAACAGGAGAAAAAAAUUACCGUUUUUAAAGCCGGCACAGUAGGUUUUAUCGGAAGUAAAUCGAGAGUAGAAAUCAGGGAAUGAGUAAAUGCACGUUUCUUGUGACACCACCGGCAUUUUGGCUUUGGUGAGUUGUUCAGUGACUCGGCCGUUUUCAUCAAAACCCCACCCUACGACAGUUCCUGCAACGUAUUUUAGUAUUUUUCUCUCAUAAGUUGAUAAAAUCCAUUGUUGACCUUUAAUUGUUAAAUGUUUGGAAAGUUUAUACAGGGUGUCCGUUUUUCGAGCUCCACCAUGGCGUUCUUGAUGCCAGAGUUUCAAUACUCAAUUUUGAUUUUUUCUGGGCGCCAUAUUGGAUUUUUGAUUUUUAAAAAAUUUUUUUUUCCUGAUUGUCACACGAUAUGAUGAAAUCUUACAUUCUUGUAGAUUAAUUUGAAAGAAUUUAAAAGUUCUGCUCGCACAUUUAACUGAACGGUCAAAAUUUAGUUUGUAUAAGAAAAUUGUUGGUGUUCAUUCUAAAGCACUCUUCGCAGAAACGUUUUCUUUUCAUUUUAAUCAACAUGUAAGAUGGUAUCGUGUGAUAGAUUGUUAUAAUCAGGAAAACAAAAUCUUUUAAAAAAUGAAAAAAAUUGAAUAUAGCACCAAUAAGAAAAACCAAAGUUGAGUGUUGUACUCGUAACUCUGGCAUUAAGAUCGCCUUGGGAAAUACGGUGACAGAUUUAGAUUCCUUGUAAAAAAGUGUCUCAAGAACGUCCUAGUUAAAAACAUCUAUUUAGUUCUUUUGGUUUUCGCUUGAAAAAAUAAAAACGAAAAUUACAAAUUUGAAUUUUUUAGAAUUCCAUAAUUCAAUUUUUUUUAUCAUAUACAUAAUUGUUUAGCAUGAAAAUGCUCAACUUUGCCCUAAUUUAUCCAACCUCGUAUCUCUUAUAAUAACUGAGUUUUUUUUUUUAAUGAAACACCAUACCAGGUGAAUGAAAAGUAUGAAAUCAAAUGUUUUUUGCUUAAACUAUUUAUUUUUUUGGAAAAACUAAUUA